GCGUGGCUGGAGAUGCUCUUAGCCUUAAAACCCCGCCACUCAUCCAUUUUCCGCUGCCGCCCACCCCCCUCCCCAUCAAAGAAGAGGAGACGAGAAAGCGAAGCCAACAAAAUCCAUGGGGAUCGUGGAGGAGGCACACAACCUGCGGGUUGUCGGCGAGGGGAAGCGCGGAGUGAUCGUCCUUGCGCACGGCUUCGGCACGGACCAGUCGGUGUGGAAGCACCUGGUGCCGCACCUCGUCGCCGACUACCGCGUCGUCCUCUUCGACACCAUGGGCGCCGGGCCGACCAACCCAGACUACUUCGAUUUUUCUCGCUACGCCACGCUCGAGGGAUAUGCGCUAGAUUUGCUCGCCAUCCUGGAGGAGCUCGGGAUCGCCUCCUGCAUCUACGUCGGCCACUCUGUCUCCGCCGUAAUCGGCGUGCUCGCCUCCAUCUCCCGUCCCGACCUCUUCUCCAAGCUCGUACUCCUCUCCGCUUCUCCCAGGUACCUCAAUGACGUGGAUUACUAUGGGGGAUUUGAGCAGGAGGAGCUUGAUGAGCUCUUUGAAGCGAUGAGAUCAAACUAUAAGGCCUGGUGCUCCGGUUUUGCACCACUCUGUGUUGGAGGGGACCUGGAAUCAGUGUCAGUUCAGGAGUUCAGCCGAACUCUCUUCAACAUUCGCCCAGACAUAGCCCUGAGCGUUGCACAAACGAUCUUCCAGAGCGAUGUGCGCACCCUCCUACCACUCGUCUCGGUCCCAUGCCAUAUCGUUCAGAGCACCAAGGACCUAGCAGUGCCAGUUGUGGUGUCAGAGUACUUGCACAAGCAUCUUGGUAGCGAUUCCAUCGUUGAGGUGAUGCCCUCCGAAGGCCAUCUCCCCCAGCUUAGCUCACCAGACAUUGUCACCCCCGUAUUGCUCCGACACAUCCAGCAUGACAUUGCAUUCUAAGUAGUGCAACCAUCGCUCAUUGAAGCUUUAUGAGAAUCUUAAAAGCAUCAAACAUAUCCAAGCUCUGAGGUACCCAGUAAGAGGAGGUCAAGGAACGAAACACUUUCAAGGGGGGAGAUUGAAAAUGGAGAAGCAAAGGCUAAUUAAACGGGCAAAAUUUGUUACCAGCCAUUUGACUCAUGCAUUGGUGUGUGAAGUGGUCAUCAGCAUGUAAAAGAGUUAGGGAGAGCGCCUGAGGUGCAGCCUGCUCUAGCAGUCGCUAUGGUGUGAACCUUGAGCGAUUCUCGUAGUACUUCGAACUCCUACAAAGUCAUAUACAUUUUUUUGCUUCGGCAUAUAUACGAUCAGUCUAGUUUGACAGGUGUUCA